AUGCACUCUGCCCCGCCCUUCACCCCCGUGCUCUACCCUUCACCCCGUGCUCUACCCUUCACCCCCGUGCUCUACCCUUCACCCCCGUGCUCUACCCUUCACCCCGUGCUCUACCCUUCACCCCGUGCUUUACCCUUCACCCCGUGCUUUACCCUUCACCCCGUGCCCCGCUCUUCACCCCGUGCUCUACCCUUCACCCCGUGCUUUACCCUUCACCCCGUGCCCCGCCCUUCACCCCGUGCCCCGCCCUUCACCCCGUGCUCUACCCUUCACCCCCGUGCUCUACCCUUCACCCCCGUGCUCUACCCUUCACCCCGUGCUUUACCCUUCACCCCGUGCUUUACCCUUCACCCCGUGCCCCGCUCUUCACCCCGUGCUCUACCCUUCACCCCGUGCUUUACCCUUCACCCCGUGCCCCGCCCUUCACCCCGUGCUCUACCCUUCACCCCCGUGCUCUACCCUUCACCCCGUGCCCCGCCCUUCACCCCGUGCUCUACCCUUCACCCCCGUGCCCCGCCCUUCACCCCCGUGCUCUACCCUUCACCCGCGUGCCCCGCCCUUCACCCCGUGCUCUACCCUUCACCCCGUGCUUUACCCUUCACCCCGUGCUCUACCCUUCACCCCGUGCUCUACCCUUCACCCCGUGCUCUACCCUUCACCCGCGUGCCCCGCCCUUCACCCCCGAGCCCUGCUCUCCACCCUAGGGGCCCUCAAUCUUUGCUUCUGCAGCCUCCACAGCACCACGCAGCACACUCUGGAGAAUCCAUUGUGGCCUCUGGGAAAAUAAAACCCUUUUUGCGCCAUUUAAUGCUUCUCUUGGGCUCCAGCUGA